ACAUGGUUAAACGUCAAAACAAUUCGUAAAAAACACACGAGUGCAGACCAAAAGAACGUAAUUUUUAUUGGCAAAUUAGUGGCCUACAACUUACUAACAUUUGUGUUAGAUAACAUCCUUCAUCGUUUAGUGCAUUGAGAUGAAAUGCCAUUAUCAAGUUCUAGAAGUCGAUGUCGAUGCAGAUGACUCUCAAAUUAAAGCAUCCUACAGACGACUGGCCUUACGAUGGCAUCCGGAUAAGAAUAUCGAAAACGCUGAUGAGGCCAAGGAGAAAUUCCAGUUAAUUCAGCAAGCCUAUGAAGUAUUGUCAGAUAGUCAUGAAAGAGCAUGGUACGAUCGUCAUAAAGACCAGAUCUUAAAAGGUUCACAAUCGAAUUACGAGGACGAAUCAUUGGAUGUCUAUCAGUAUUUUAGUGCUUCUUGCUAUAAAGGAUUCGGUGACGAUGAAGGUGGAUUCUAUCAUGUCUACUCCGACAUAUUUCACCAAAUUGCUACCGAAGAUCUAGAGUUCAUGGAUGACGAAGACGAUUUCGACCGGAUACCUAAGUUUGGCAACUCAACCAGCGACUACGAAACAGUGGUCGGUAAAUUUUACGGUUAUUGGCAAAGUUAUAGCACCAAGAAAACCUAUUCAUGGCUUUGUCCACAUAAUAUCAACGAAAUUCGUGAUCGUCGGAUUUUAAGAGAAAUCGAGAAGGAGACAAAGAAAUUGGCUCAGAAGGCGCGUAAAGACAGAAACGAAGAGGUGCGUGCCUUGGUUGGUUUUGUGAGGAAACGUGACAAGCGUGUUCAGCAGUACAAACUAGUUUUGGAAGAAAAGGCGGAACAAAAUCGACUGAAACAGAACCAGAAACGAUUGGAACAGAUCAAGAAGAAUCGAUUGGAAGUGGAAAACAUGGCAAAAUCAUCAGUCUUUCAAGUUGAUGGCUACGAGGAAAUGCUUCGACAAAUGGAAAAAACUUAUGCGAGCUCGGAUGAUGAAGAAUACGAUGAGAGUGGCGACAGUGAUGUAGACGACGUGGUUGAUGCUGCAGAAGAGUUGGAAUUGAAUGGCGAAACUGCGGAGGAGGAAUAUAUCGAUCAUUUAUAUUGCGUUGCGUGCAACAAAUCUUUCAAAAAUGAAUCUUCCUUUAAAAAUCACGAGACCUCGAAAAAACAUCUCAGUAACAUCGAACGACUGAAAAGGGAAAUGUUAGAAGAAGAUGCAAAUUACAAAUUAAAUGAGAGCUUUGAAGAAAACGCUAACACAAAUGACUCACACGGUAGCGAUGACGUACAUACUGUUGAAGCGGUAAGAAGGUCGAAAAAGUCAAAGAAGAAAAAUCGUUCCGUAGUGCAAAAGGAAGCGGAUUCAGACAUUGAGGAAAUUGAAAAUGUAGCUGAACACAUUAAUGCGGACAACUCAAACGAGAGCGACGACGUACAUAGGGUAGAACCGAUAAAGAAGUCCAAGAAAUCAAAGAAGAAAAAUCGUCCCGUAGUGGCAUCGGUACCGGAGCCAGAAGCCGACGAAAUCGAAAAUGUAGUUGAACCACAAAAUGAUGACGAGAAGAGUGAAACGAUAGAAAAACCUAGAAAGUCGGCAAAAGCAAAACGAUUAAAGAGGAGUGAGCAAGCAAACAACGCGGUACAAGUGACUGAGUUCAAGGAAGACAUUGAUACGGCACACGUCUGUGUCACAUGCAAGUCCAAUUUCGAUUCGAAAAAUAAAUUAUUUGCUCACCUUAAGAAAACCAAUCAUGGAGUGUACAUACCGAAGGAAACCGCAGCACCAGUGACAGUCAGUGCAAAAAAAGGCAAGCGCAAGUGAUCUAUAUAUUUAUUUGAUCUCGUAAUGUGGCUAAUGUAGAAAUUCUUACAAAAAAUAUCAGUUUUUUCUCGGUAACCACUUUGUGGAUACAGGUUUUUUUUCCUAAAAGAUCUUUGGACUUUAAUUAUGUACAACUGCUGCCUAUUAUAACUGAACGCAGUUUCAUCAAAUGCUUAAAAGUUACUUUAAAAGAAAUUGUUAGUCGUGCGUAUAAUGUAACUGGAUUCGAAGCAAAUUAAACUCGGCUGUUGUUUUGGAU